AUGAAAAUUUUCGAAUUUAAAUCAUCUCCUCAAUAUCCAUCAUCCCAAUCCACUACCACCACUUCAUCAUUAUCAUCACCCAGUAGAAGACCUCGUUUGACUUGGACUAAAGAAGAAGAAGCAGCUUUGUUUAACGUUAUUAAUUCAGUGUUGGCAGGACAAAGAAAUGGUGUUUCACAAAAAAAUCUCAUAUUAAAAGUUUGCGGAACGAAUGCUAAACAUCUUUAA